AUUUGCGCGGCAAAUGGCAAUAUUAUCUCUUAUCGCUAUCAUAAUUAGACCUAUAAACAGUAUAAACUAUUUUAGUAUUUUCAUUCUCCAGACAAUUAAUAGCAUAGAACAAUAUAUUAGGUACCUUAUUAUACCAAAUUUAUGUACAGUACUGCAGCGCAUAUAAAAUGUGUACAGUUGAAUUUCAAUAAGUUAGGUAAUAGAUAUUUAAUACCUAUCUAUUAUAGGUUUUUUCCAUAGAUCUAUAAUAGUUUAUAGAUUUUCUUCACAUUGAUUGAAAAUUCGAAUUUUUUUUUGAUUUUAUUUUACAUUUAAAAAAUGGGUGAGAUUACUUGUGAAAAUUUUUAUUCCGAAUUACCGGUUAUCGAAGAAGAAAUCAAAGAAUGUGCUUUUAUAAGCUUAGAUAUGGAGUUCUCCAAAUUAUUCGACAAUGUAUCAAAGCCAUUUAGUUUAUUCGAUACAACGGAAGAACGAUACAACAAAUUGCACCGAAAAGUAUCUGAUAUAACUUGUAUUCAGUUUGGUAUGGCGAUUUAUGUUUAUGAUGACAAAAUUAAAACAUUUAAAACGAGUACAUACUCAUUUUAUACAUACCCGCAGACAUUUUAUAAAUCUGAUAGUGUGGUCAAUUUUCAAACAUCAUGUGUUGAAUUUUUAUGUAAACAUAGUUUUGAUUUUAACAAGUUGUUUCAUAGCAGGGUACCAUAUUUAACCGAUGAAGAAGAAUUAAAAAUAAAGUCAGAAAUGUUGGAUGAAUUAUUUUUUGACAAAUAUUUUGAAACUAAUAUAAAAUUUCGUUCUAUUGAAGAAGAAUUAAUGAAAGUUUUAAAAAUUGUUUCUGAAUGGUAUGAUACUGCCAAUUAUGGAGAGCAGACGUUUUUAGAAAUAAAUGGAUGCAAUGAACCUGCAUUUAUUAUAUUAAUGCAAUAUUAUCUUCUGAAAAAGUUAAAAUAUAUACUCAUAGAUGAAAGUCAAUUAGGAUUGAAUAUUACAAAAAUAGAAGCUAAUACAAAUUCAGAAAUAUUGAACAAAACAGUUCAUGAAAAUCUAAAAUUAAGUUUAUUAAAUAAAAUGAUGGGUGUCAAAUAUUUAAUGAAACUAAUAUCAAAAUUGAAAAAACCGAUAAUUGGGCAUAACUGUGCUUUAGAUAUUUUAAUUUUAUCCAACCAAUUUUUCACACCCUUACCUGAAAACUUUAAAGAUUUCCAAAAUUUUGUAUCCAACAACUUUGGACCAAUUUAUGAUACUAAAUUAUUAUGUAAGGAGGUUAAACGUAUAGUAUCUAAAAAUGAUAAAUGGAUUGGAAGUUCUCUCCCGGAAAUAUAUUCAUAUUUAAAAGAUGGAGAUGGCAAAAAAUAUCCAGAUUCUAUAAGUAUUCAAUUGACUAGUGUUGAAGAACCUCAAGAUAUGAAAUUACACCAUGCUGGGUGGGAUGCCUAUUACACUGGUUAUUGUUUUGUUAGAAUGAUUCAUAUUAUCAAAAGCUUCUCUUGUAAAACUGAAAAUACGGGUCAAAGAUAUACCUUAACAGAACUUUUAAAAUCAAUAGAAUUUUCUAAGAACAAAUUGUUCACCAGUCGAUCAAUUUCAAACAUUUUGGAUUUGGAGGCAGAUGAUCAUCAUAAUCCCACAAAUUAUUUAAUUAUUCAGAAUAAAGGAAUUCUUUAUAAAGCUUUGGAUUUAAAAAUACUUAAACAAGAUCUCCAAGAAAUUUGUAGUUUUGAUAUAAAAUUACUUUCAAAAUAUACUGCACUGGUUGCCUUCCCUUUCAUGCAUAGUCGUAUCAUUUAUAAACUAAAGACAACCUACAAAGUGGAAAAUUAUUCAGUAUAUCAAAGAAAGAAAAAAAACAAACAAAUUAUUUGCCUCAGUUUAGCUAUAAUAACUGCUUGUGUGACAAUUAUGAAAUAUUUAAGAAAAUAAUUAAAGAGGUAAGUACAAAUUCUAAAUAUCUAUAAAAAUAUUUACUUGUUGUUAUACAAUUAUAUACAUUAGGUUUUAAAUUAUUUUAAUAAUAUUUACAUAAAUGUUAAAUAAUUCAAUUGAAAGAUUAAUGUAAAAUAAAGUUUCUAAUUAGUAUUAUUUAUAUUUGUUUAACUAAAAAGUGUUUCACAUAGCUUAUUCACAAAAUCACAAAACAAUGUGGAAAACAACACAAAAUAAUUUAAUUAAAAAAUAUAUACUUUAUUAGUUAUUACAUAGAAGCCAGAAGGCCAGCCAAGAUUAAGACCUAGAAUGGUGUCCUUAAGCCUUGAAAAAUGUAGUACCAAUAUUAUAUUAGCCCUUCGUGAAAAUAUUAUAUUAAUUAUUUAAUUGUACAAACUUUACGAUUUUUUGUUUUUUUCAUGUGCAAAAACCCUUUAUUACUCAACUUGAAUAAACGAUAAAAUAUAUUAGACAUAUAAUAUGAACAAAAAGUAAAACAAUUUAAAUUAAAUUAAAUUAUUGAUUUAUUUAUUUUAAAUACUAAUAAAAUAAUUAUAAAUAAAUAAAUUUGGUCCAAUUGAUUUAAACAAUUUAAAUCAAAUAAUACUACAAAAAAUACAUGGUUUAUCUAAAUACUGGGUUUAUACAAUUUUACAUAUUGUUACUGGGUCUAUGCAUGUCUUAUAAGAGUAAAAAUAUAGACGAUUCGUUCAAUUCUGAGUGUAAAAAAAAUGCAUAUUUGAAAAUAUUUCAUAGGUUAGGGAAUAUUUAACCCAUUUAGCAUAUUUUGGAAUAUUUUGUAAAUUGUGAGAAAAAAAUAUUUAUUUAUUAUUAAUAUCAAUAAUACGGAACCCGGAAAAUUUUUUUUUAACAUUUAUAACUAUUUGUCAUUUAAAUAUAAAGAAAACACACAGUUAUAGUAUCAUAAAUGGCCGUGAAAAUUAAAAAAAUCAGUCAAUUUUAAAAACCUAUUAACACAAUGGAACCAUUCAACAAAAAAGACAUUGUUUUAACAGUGGACAAAAAUAAAAGCAUAUAAUAUUAAUGUUUAUUGAUUAUUUUUGCAUAUUUUUUAAAUUUUUGAGAAUUUUCGAAGGUUGUUUAGAGAAUAUUACCACAGAAUAUUUGAAAUAUAUUUAAUAUAUUCUGUGAUAUUACCAUCAUAUAUUAGGUGUAUUAAGAGAAUAUAAAUCUGGUCUUUAGUUAUAUCACUGAAUACAAUUUGUACAAAAUCAAAAAAAGUUAAAAGAUAAUUAUUAAUUUGGAUUUUGUAUCAAAAAAUACAAGUACCAUAAUUAAUCAUAAAUCCGUCAUCUGUAACCUAUACUGUUUUAAACCUAAAUACUUGCUUGAUGGUUAAAAUCCUAACAAAUUAAAAUUAUACUCCUUUAAAAUAUAAAAAGGUUGGCAAGUGGGUGUCGCUCUGCUGUAAAGUAUGUUACAAGUGGGUCACUGUAAUGCUUGAUGUUAAAUUUGAAUUCAAUGGUAUAAUAUUGUUGUGAAUAAAGUAUAUAAGUUUAUAUAUAACUUAUUUACGUGGAACCUUGUUUUAAAUUUUCAAUCCUUAGCUAUAAAAGUUGAACAUUUUAUAAAUUUUCAACUUCAAAAUAAUUAUUAAAUUUUGUCAAAAUUCAAACUUUAAAUGCUUACAAAAAAAAAUUGGGCCUAUGUAUUUUUAAUAUUUUUCAACUGCAAUUGUAAUAUUAUAUCAGGAGCCCUGCAUUAAAUUUUCACGCUUUUUUACCCAACAAAUAAAAUUUUAUUGAUAUUUAUAGAAAAAAAAACUAAAAUAAUUGAAAACUGACAGUGUUCGUAAACAGCUCAAAAAGAGUCAAAUUAUUUUAUAAAUUUUAUCAUGUAUAGAAAGUGCUAAUAUAAACAUUCGGUGAAAUUUUCAAGUAUCUACAGUCAUUCGUUUUUUAAUUACAACAAAAUAAGAAAAUCGUUACAAGAGAAAUCAAGGGAAUAUCAAAUGUUGUAAAAAUAUGAAUUUCAAACGCUCAUAAAAAUUUAAUUUGACUUGUAGACAUUUUUUUUUUGAUAAAGGUAAACAAACUUAUGAGGAUUCUUGAAUUACAUUUUCAAAUCUUAGAUUUAAAAAGAAAAUUUUUUAUGAAUUUCUAACUCAAAAUAAUUUGCAAAUUUUUGUCAUUUUUUAAACUUUCAAUGCUUAUAAAAAAAAGUUUGUGACUGGAUUUUUAAUAUUUUUAAUCUGUUUUUGAAACAAUAUAUUAGGAGCCUUCUAUUGAAUUUUCAAGCUUUUUACCCAACAAAUAACAUUUUAUUGACAAUCAGAAAAAAAAACUGAAAAUUGAUUAUGUCUGUAAACAGCUCAAAACAAGUCAAAAUAUUUUGAAUAUUUUAUGGUGUAUAGCAAAUGUUAAUAUAAAUGUUCAGUAAAAAAUGUAUGUAUAUACUGUGAUUUGUUUUAGACUUACGCCAAAAACCAAAAUCGAUUUUGCAUAAAAAUUCUGGUUUUUCCUUAAUUUUUAUGUUGUUUUUCCCGGCGCUUUUGAAAACUAUUGGGAAUUUUAAAUUUUGACAAAACCAUUUGACCAUCACUGAUAAUAUUCUAUUACUUGCUAGAUCCUUAAAUAAGAACUUUGUUAAUAUGAAAAAAUGUUUAUUAUUAUUUAGAAAAUACCUUAAAUUUCUUUAAAACCAAAAAUACCAAAUCCUUUUUCUCAUUCAAAAUACAAGAAUUAUAAAUAGAAUACAACAAUGUAUAAUAAAGCUAGCUUUGUAAAAAAACGCUAAGUGCAUCAAAAUGCCAGCACUAUUUAAUAAUUAGUAUUAAUUUAAUGUUCAGCUAAAGACAAUCUCUGAAGUAAGUUGUAGUAAUACUAAGAUUGACAGCAUAUCAAUAUUAUGUCAUUAAUGACCCCAUAAAAU